AAGCCGAGGCCUCGCACUUCCAAUGGCGACUGAAAACUGGCUGAACGGAAAGCGGGAGCGAUUACGACGGAGACCCGAACCGUGCAGUCGGAAUUAAAUAAAUAUUUCAGCGUAUAACGUGACAUAAAAUAAAACAAGUUUGAAGUCGAGUCCGUGAGCUCAGUUAUGGCUGACAGGACGGACAAAAGAGGGAGUAUUUCGCUCCUUGAGUCGGAGCUUUAUUUUCUCAUUUCUCGCUUUUUAACAACCGGUCCUUGUCAGAGAGCGGCCGCGGUUCUCGUGAGUGAGCUGGAGGAACAUCAGCUCCUUCCCCGGAGAGUGGACUGGGAAGGAAAUGAACAUCCCAGAUCAUAUGAAGACUUGAUUGCCGCCAACAAGCAUAUUGCACCAGACCACUUGCUGCAGAUAUGUAAGCAGAUCGGUCCAAUCCUUGACAAGCAGGUGCCGUCUGGUUUGCCUGGGGUGCAUUCUCUGCUGGGAACAGGGAGACACUCUUUACUUCGUACAGCUAAAGAUUGUGGCCGUAGCCGAUGGAAAAGCUCGACUUUCGCUGCACUUCAUCGAGGAAGACCACCAGAGAGGCCUUUGAGCUGCAGGGAUGCCCCAAAUAUGGUGGAGGUGUGCAGAGGCAGGGAGUUGACAGGCACUCAGCGUUUCAGCUUUGUCCAUCCUGUCAGUGUAUAUCAGAGCAUCAAAAUACACAGGAGGAUUCUGGGACAUCUUUCGGCUGUUUACUGCAUUGCCUUUGACCGAACAGGAUCCAGGAUUUUCACGGGUUCAGAUGAUGCCUUGGUAAAAAUUUGGUCCUCUUUCGAUGGGAGGCUCCACUCCACUCUGCGAGGACACCAUGCUGAGAUCUCAGACCUCGCGGUCAACUUGGAGAACACCCUCAUUGCAGCGGGGAGCUGCGACAAAACCAUCCGAGUCUGGUGCCUUCGUACCUGUGCCCCCGUGGCAGUGCUGCAGGGUCACAGUGGAUCUAUUACCUCUUUACAGUUUUCUCCAUUUGUCAAGGGCUUCAAAAGGUACAUGGUCUCUACAGGAACUGAUGCAACUGUCUGCUUCUGGCAGUGGGAUGUAACUAACAACAGUUUCACCGAUCGUCCCCUGAAGUUCACGGAGAGGCCGAGACCCGGUGUUCAGAUGGUGUGUUCCUCCUUCAGUCCAGGCGGCAUGUUCCUAGCCACAGGAAGCACCGAUGAUGUAAUCAGGAUAUACUACGUGGGUAGUGGGAAUCCGGAAAAAAUAGCAGAGCUCAAUUCGCAUACGGACAAGGUUGACAGCAUCCAGUUCAGCAAUACAGGAGAGAGGUUUGUAAGUGGCAGUCGUGACGGCACUGCUCGCAUCUGGAGGCUGCAUCAGAGACAUCAGUGGAGGAGCAUUUUGCUGGAGAUGUCUGCCACUUUACCAGGAACCGUGCCUGCGGAAGAAGAGAGCUUCUUCAAACCCAAGGUCACCAUGGUGUCAUGGGAUCAUCAUGACAACACGGUUAUCACUGCUGUCAACAAUCAUCUCCUCAAAGUGUGGAACUCCUACACAGGGCAGCUUUUACAUGUGUUAAAGGGUCAUGAGGCCGAGGUGUUUGUGCUGGAGCCACACCCAUAUGAUCCCCGUGUCAUGCUAUCUGCAGGUCAUGAUGGCAACAUUUUCAUAUGGGACCUUAUACGAGGCACAAAGACUCAUCACUACUUUAACAUGAUUGAAGGACAGGGGCAUGGUGCUGUUUUUGACUGCAAGUUCACCCCUGACGGUCAUCGCUUUGCCUGUACAGACUCUCAUGGUCACCUGGUUAUUUUUGGAUUCGGGAGCUCCAAGCCUUAUGAAAAGCUUCCAGAUCAGUUGUUUUUCCACACCGACUACCGUCCAUUGAUCCGGGACUCCAAUGGGUUCGUAUUAGACGAGCAGACGCAACAGGCACCUCACCUUAUGCCCCCACCCUUCCUUGUGGAUGUCGAUGGGAAUCCUCAUCCACCCAGGUAUCAGAGACUCGUGCCAGGGAGGGAGAACUUCUCAGAUGAGCACCUGGUUCCUCAGCUUGGAUAUGUUGCUACAAGUGAUGGUGAGGUGGUGGAGCAGGUCAUCAGCCAGCAGCCAGCCGAGAGCGAGGAUCCUCAGGCACGCCGCAGUCUCUUAGAUGACGCCAUCCGUCAGCUCCAAGAGCAACAAGACCAGCAGGCUGGGAGGCAGCAGGGUACCCCCAGAAGAGUGUCUCUGAGUGAACGGAUGGAGGUGCAGUCGCCACCCAACGUGGGGCUCCGGCGCAGCGGGCAAGUGGAGGGAGUGCGCCAGAUGCAUCAAAACGCCCCACGCAGCCAGAUGGCAACGGAAAGGGACCUGCAGGCAUGGCGACGCAGAGUGGUGGUGCCUGAACUUACCCCCAGUGCAUACAGGGAUCAGGAGUCAUUCAGAAUCGUGAAAGGGGAAGAGGAGAUUUCUCUCUAUAAUGCCAAGAAACGCAGAAUUGUACAUGGCACCUUUAGGGACGACUCUGACGACGAGCCAGUGUGCACUAAGCGCGCACAGCCACGUAAGCGACACCGCAAUUUGGAGAGCACGAACAGUUACGCAGAGAGUCUGAUUGAGUUUUCCUGUGAGGAAGGAGAGGAGACGGCGUCCUCUGAGGAAAAUGAAAUCGAAGCAAGUGACGUAGACUCCUCAAUUGAAGAGGAAGAGGAGGAGUGGAAAAGCGACAGCUCAAGUCACUCCUCCAGCGAGUAUUCUGAUUGGACAGCUGAUGCUGGCAUCACCACGCAGGCGGUCAUGUCCUCCCGAAGACACGCUCGUAGGCAGUUUAGCAGUUCUGAUGAAGAGGCAGAGGAAGACAACACUGCAGAGGAUGAGCAGACUGAACAAACGCAGGAUGAGGAUGCGCCGUCUUCAUCACCUCAGAAAGCGAAGAAGAAAGCGAAAAGCAGAACACCGAAGUGUCCAAAACCCAGGCUGUCCCUGAACAGAGAGGUGUCCAACGAGUUUCGUCCCUCCGCCUGGAUUACCGACGUCAUUCCUCGGAAGUCUCCUUUUGUUCCACAAGUGGGAGAUGAGGUUAUCUACUUCCGUCAGGGUCACGAGGCUUAUGUGGACGCAGUGUGCAGGAGUAAUUUGUACCCCAUCAACCUGGACAAACAGCCGUGGAGGAAGAUGGAUCUGAGAGACCAAGAGUUUGUUAAAAUAACCGGGAUCAAGUACGAAGUGUGUCCACCGACGCUUUGUUGUUUGAAACUGACGCAGAUCGACACCGGAACAGGCAAAAUAACAAACAAGUCAUUUUCUGUGAAGUACCAUGAUAUGCCUGAUGUGAUUGACUUCCUCGUGCUUCGCCAGAGCUACGACGAAGCAUGCAGCAGGAUCUGGAGGUCAAACGAUCAUUUCCGAUCAGUAAUCGAUGAUGCGUGGUGGUUUGGGACCAUAGUCUGCCAGGAGCCGUAUCAGUCGGAGUAUCCCGACAGCCAUUUCCAAUGCUUCAAAGUCAGGUGGGAUAAUGGAGAAACUGAAAAGCUCAGUCCGUGGGACAUUGAGGCUAUUCCAGAGAAUGCUCGGCGUCCGGAGGCAGUGGGUGGAUGUGUACCGAUUACUGAUGAGGAAAGAGCUGACAUCCUGUACAAACCACAUGAGAACGAGUGGGGAGGGAGGAGUCGAGAAGAGGAGUGCGCACGUAUCGUUGCCGGCAUAGACCAGCUCAUCACAGUAGAUAUCGCUGCACCCUUCUCUGGCCCCGUGGACCUUGUUCAAUAUCCCACGUACUGUACUGUAAUCGCCUACCCCACUGACCUGGGCUCCAUCCGUAUGAGGCUGAAGCACAACUUCUACAGGAGACUAUCUGCACUAAUUUGGGACACGAGGUAUAUUUAUUACAACGCAAGGACCUUCAAUGAACCGCGUAGCAAGAUUGCGCAGUCGGCAAAAUUCAUAACGGACGUCCUUUUAAAGUUCAUUAGCAAGCCAUGUUGUACGGAUAUUAUGGAGACUUACAAUGCAGUUGAAAACAUGGAGUACACUGAGGAUGAGGAUAUGGAAGAUGUGGAUGCACCAGGCACAUCUACUGGGCGAAGGGUGCAUCAGCAGAUGGACCUGGUACAGGACAGGGAUGCAUGGAAGGACGCAUGCAAACAGCUGCUGGAUUACAUGUUGGAAUGUGAGGACUCGGAGCCUUUCCGUCAGCCUGUGGAUCAGAAUGAGUAUCAGGACUAUUUAGAAAUCAUCGACACUCCUAUGGAUUUGGGGACCGUCCGACGCACCCUCGAAGAAGACCGCUAUGAAAACCCUACCGAACUAUGCAAAGACACCAGGCUUAUUUUUGCGAACGCGAAAGCCUACACGCCAAACAAACGUUCAAAGAUUUACAGUAUGACCCUGCGUCUGUCUGCAUUUUUUGAGGAGCGAAUUCGGAAAAUCAUAUCCGACUACAAGACUGCAGUUAAAAGCAGUUUGAAACUGAGACGCAGUCAGAGGUUUAAAAAGAGAGCUCAGCAGCAGGAACCGGUUCUUCCUCCUCCCAGGGUUGAAUCCACUAGUCAGAAGAGGACUGCUGUUAAAACUCAGGAACACGUGGAACCACCUACAACCAAAUCUACCUCGGCUAAGGCCACAGCAGAACGCCAUCGCAGUAAGAAGCGAAGGCGGCUCAGUUCUACCUGCACGUCAGUGGAGGAUUCCAAUAAGAGUGUGUCGUCUCUGUCAGAAUCUGAAAAUGACAGUGAAGUUGCAUUGAGUGAGUCAAAGGAAGAAUUCCCUUCAUCAUCUCAGUCAUUCAGACGUGAAACGAGAGCGACACGGAGAGCCAUGCAGAACAGAGAGGCAAGGAGAAAGAAUGUCACUGAAAGCAGAAGUGAGAUCGACUGCUCGACUGGGGAAGAUGACGAUGACGACGACGACGAUUAUUCAGGGAAGUCCAGCUCAUUAAAGCGUCUGCAUUUGAGCAGAACCAAAAUCAGAAACGCACGGCUCACUCGAAACUCUGAGAAAAGAAAGCCAGAAGGUAGUGGUCAGGUGAACGGCCUUAGCAGCAGAUCCUCCCGUGCCGAGCGCAGAAGAGUUCAACGUAGCAGUGGUUCUGACCUGGAAUGCUCCGAAGACGAGGAGAAUAUGGAAAACGCAGAUGACACCGACCAGAGUCGGCAACCCAGGAAAACCGCCAUGGCUGCAGUGAAUAAAAUGAAACUGUUUGACGCAUCUGAGGAAGAGGACACGUCAGAGCGUGAAGCUCGUUCCCGGACCAGCAAACGUGCUGCGGUUAUCAAGAGCAGCUCGGAGUCUGAAGAGCAUGACCAGCAGGAUAAUUCUCCUCAUGUCAACGGGCACCGAAAGCACAGCCACGGAGAGAGCGAGGACAGCAGCAAUGAAGGAGAGAGCGAGAACGAAAGUUUAGAUGAGGAGGAUUCCAUCAGCAGGCGAAAGCUCAUUCGGAAAACCGCAAGAGUCGCGGUGUGUAAGAUUAAGCGAAUUAACGAGAGCGACGAGGAGGAGGAGAAUCACUGUAGAACCAGACGACGGAGAAAUCAUCCAAGCAAUCCGAAUACCUCAAAAAUGUCUGAUGAGGAAACGGAGACUCCAAAGUUGGAGAAACACCCUCAUCAAAACGGAAGAAAAUUAGACACACAGGACCUUAAAUACUCUGAGAAACCUAAUACUAUGACAUCAAAAAGCCAAGAACUAGUAUCUGCCUCAAAACGUUCAGCUCCUGGAGCCAUAGCAUUAAAGUCAGGUGUCAAGGAAUCCAGUGCUUCAAGGAGAAAAAUCAGGUCUGAAGAUGAAGACGACGACGACGACGAAGGAAAAAAUGAGGAGAAUGAGAGUAGUAGUGGAGAAGAAGAAAUCGGGAACAAAAAAAGCUCGCUGGCAUCAAAGAACAAAUCGAGAAGAAAAGCCAAGUCUCUGAGUUUGGAUGGUGACUCCAACACUUCGGACUCCGAGAGUGAAAUGCCCUCGACCCGGAGACGUAAGAAAAAAGAGGCCGAUUCUUCCGACGAGUGGCGACAAAGCGAUGACUCGGAAAAGGAUAAAUCGUUUUCCAGAAGACCUACUCUAAGAGCCCUCCCCAAGAAGAAAUACAUCACAGACUCUGAGGAAGACCUUGAUUCUGAGGGAGAAAAGCAGUCAAGGAAUGGCAAGAGAAGCUCCGAUUCCGUGAGAACUGGCGCCAGCCUUCGCUCAAAGUCCUCAGGAGGCCCAAAACGGAAACACGUGAGCACUUCUUCUGAAUCUGAGGAAAGGGAAGAAAACGGUAAUGCCAGCGACGAAAGCGAGUGCGGCAAACCUUCAGGGAGGAAAGGCAAGCGGUUGAAGAAGCUUUCGGAAUCCGAGAGCGAUUCGGGAAGUAGGGAGAAAGCGGCGAACGGUUCUUCAAAAAGGCACCGAUCUGAGGAGGAACUUUGCGGAGGUGCCGGUCAGCGACGAAAACGGCGGUCUGGGAAACGGAAGCAGAGCGAGAGCUCCAACAGCGACGGCAGCGCCGACUCGGAGAGCCAGGAGCAGUCCAGCAAUGAGUCGCAGUUCUCCAGCCCAGGAUCACUAAGCAGUCCAAAAAGCUACGCCAAGGAAAGACUGAGGAGUCGAAAACGAGGAGCCACACAUCACAAACCAUCGACUUCGGAUAUGGACAGCGACGAUUCCUAUGGAAAACCUUGGCGAGCCACACGCAUUCGAACUCGGAAUCUGGGCAAACGGACGGUGAACUAUAGAGACAGUGAGUGAGCGAGCAAGCGAGCAAGCAAGCGAGUGAAGGAGUUGGCUGUGUAAGAGACACUAACUGGAGAACUUGAAGGCAUUUGAUUGUCCCAAAAAAAUGUAGUAGCACUGGAGUCCUCUACAUACUGUGAAUCAACUUCAGGGAUAUUUAUAUUUUCUGUUGAGGGAGGCGGGGGAAGCUAUGUAUAGAUAUGAGAUUUGAGCUACUGGUUCGGCUGCCCCUUUCUGUUUGUGAUUUGGCCAUCAAAAACGAUUAGAGGUGCGUUGUCUGUCUGGGUGCUAUCUUAAUAUACCUCCUGCUUAAUUGAGCAUAUUUUUGCUGGCUUGCACUAAAUGGCACACUGUACUGAGGUAUCUCAUACACUAGUUCUGUUAGAAACUCAGGGGUCAUCUACAUUUACCGUUAUCAGACUUGUCGGGUUUUUUCUUUUUCUCCCCUUUCGGGUUUUUUUUCUUUCCCCUCCCCGAGUUAAGUAUAAUUGUGAUUUGAACUUCCUUCCAUCAUUUGACACUUUUUUUUUUUUUUUUUUAAAGCCACGAGUCAUAUUGUAUUUGUCAAAGGAGUUAUUGAGCCAAUGUGUACAAAGGUUCCUUUUUCCCUUUUCAGUUAGGGUGUGUAUAUAUGUUUUUUUUUUUUUUUUUUUAAAUCUGCAUCUUUCCAGAGUUUUCUGAGAAUCAGUUUGUAGCAAAGCUUUGCAUAUUUAAAGUUGUCAAGCAUUAUUUUGUAUUAAAUUCAAAUGCAUCGUUUUGCCAUAUAGUAUAGGUUUGGUACAUGUUUGCAAAGUACAGGAUAUCAGUACUUGCUGCGAAAUACAGCGAUUUCUCAUAUUGGGAAGAUGUUCGUCACCUGUUAUAUACUUUUCAGUAUUAAUUCAUUUUCUGACUUAACUUAUGAACGGUAAAUAACUUUUUGUACCCACUGCAUUUGAAUUUAAUAGCGUUGGAGAUGAAAUGCACCUGACCUGACAUUAUUUCUUAAUGUCUUUUUUUUUUUUUGCAAAAAGCCAACUCUUGAAUUCAAGUUUCGCAGAUGUUGAGUCUAAUGGAACAUGGACGGCGUGAGAGGGGGAGAAAGCGUUUUGAUGAAUAAAAAUAGCCUGCUGUUUAACGGCAAAA